GAUCCCUAUGGCCGGGGGGUGCUGCCCCCCACCCCACUCCCCCUGUGCCCCCCCAGGCCCUGUCCCUGUGCCGGUUCCUGGGGGAGCAGCGCCUGGACUUGGGGGGGCGGCGGGUUCUGGAGCUGGGGGCGGGCACCGGCAUCGUGGGGAUCUUCGCUGCCAUGCUGGGGGCGGAGGUGACGCUCACGGACCGUCCGGCGGCGCUGCCGCAACUCCGGGAGAACGUUCGGCAGAACUUCCCGGGGGGGUCCCCCGAGGGGGUCGCGGGGGGGGCCCCGCGGGUGCGGGCGCUGCGCUGGGGGCGGGACCAGCGCCGCUUCCCCCCCAAAUUCCACCUGGUGCUGGGCUCCGACAUCGUGUACGACCCCCGCGCCUUCGGCCCCCUCCUGGGCACCCUCCGGCACCUCGUGGCCCCCCCGGGCCGGGCCCUGCUCAGCGCCCGCCGGCGGGGGGGGGACGCGGGGACCCCCCGUUUCUUCGGGCAGAUGUUGCCCCCGUUUUUUCGGGUGCAGCUGCUGCGGAGAGACCCCGAGGGGGACAUCGAGAUCUACGGGCUGACCCCCCGGGAGGGGGAGCAGCUCACGGGGGGCUGGGGGGGUCCCGAGGGGGAUUAA